AAUUUUAUUAACCAUAGAUUUGGAACAUCUUGUUGGAUAUUAUAUCGUCCAAUGGGUCCAACACAAGCCUAUAGUAACUCAUCAUAAUUUAUAGUCCAAAGUUUUUUUUUUUCAAUAAUCCGAUCUUUUUGCUCUAUUCAAUUCUUUGUCAGGGUUCACAAUUAUGCGAGAGGCUGGUAUCAGUUUGAUUUGGUUGGUUGUAAAAGAUGAGAAGAAUUUACGACGACCCUUCGAUUCAGCGAAAAACAAUGAUUUUUCGAACUCAUUCUCAGAACCCUAAAUCAAACAAUCUCAUCUUCAAUCUCUUCUUAAUAAGCUUCGAUAUAUAUCUUCAAUGGCUGAAUCAGAAAAUGGAUCGCCAGUGAAUAACCUGAAGGUGGAAGUAAGAGCAGGAAGAAUAAAAGAAACUUCACCUCGUUAUCGUAAAGAAAGUCAUGUUAGAGGAGGAGAAGAUAUCAUCGAGGUGAGCACUCCAAUCAGCGAAUUUAAAGGUCAGAGUAUUUUUGAUCGAGCAAAAGAAGAAUUUGAGGCGCUUGUUGAAACGAUUCAUCCCAAGAAAGAAUAUGAUUAUUUCGUUUCCCCGCCUAAAAAGGAAGGUGGAUUUCGAGCUACCAUUGGAAGAAAGUUAGAAAAAAUUACAUCCGCAAGGAGUCAUAAUCAUCAAGAUUGAGGUUAUGUUAAUCCCUCUACCAAAUUAUGACCCCUGAUUCUGAUAUAUGUUAAUUGUUUGUAUUCGUAAAAUGAUUUUGCACAUCAAUGAGAUUUGACUUUUGGUCAAUUCUUUUUAGUAUCUAUAUUGGUAUAUGUGGAUUCAUCAAGUGGGAUGUUUCUGAUGAAAGUUUUGAAUCUUGGAUUAAUGUGUGGUAUGAGUUCUUUCUCAAUUGAUAUAUAGUUAACUACAUA